AUGGCCUCCUCCGAUGCUGCGCUGGUCGUCGUGCUAAGCGAUGCUGGUGGCGUUGACGAGUUGUUCUUCGGAGUUGAGGGUAUCGCGAAAGGAUUACGCGCGGGUUCUAUUGUAUUGAUUCGUUCGACAUUGCUGCUUAGCCAGUUGGAGAAGCUGGAGCAGAAGCUUACAGAUGAGAAGGAUGUCUUCCUUCUGGAUGGAUACAUUUUCAGUGGUUUAUCUGAUGAACUAAAGCAACAGAUUAUUAUUGUUGCAUCUGGGAGACAGGACGUAUCAGAAAGAGCUAGAAAGUUUUUCCAUAGCCUAUACAAUACCGCUUUUACUUUGCUGAAGGUGAAUUUUGCACUAGCAGCAAACUUAGGGUGGUGA